UUCUCGCAAAAAAAAAAAAGAAAAUUAAGCACAAGCGAGCAUGUAUGUUUGCGCAUAUGGCAUCUCCUUGCGCAGGUGGACUGGAGUCAGGUGAUGUGUGGAAUGCUCAUGCAAUUUUUGCUGGGCCUGUGUGUCUUGCGCUGGGACCGCGGCCGACACAUGCUUCAGUGCGCAGCCGAUAAGAUUAAACACUUCCUGGACUACACAAACAAAGGUUCCUUCUUCGUUUUCGGCCACCUUGCGUCGGGCUGGAACCUUACAGAAGCUAUUGGUGACCUAGCCAUGCUCGCAGUCCCGCAAACUUCCGGUGCAAACGAUACCAACGGUACCACCGCCAACCGCGCCGCCAUUACAUCGCUGUUUCCAGUCUUCAUGUUUCAGGCACUGCCGGUGAUAUUUUUCUUGAGCUUCUUCGUGAACAUUCUCUAUUUCUACGGAGUCAUGCAAAGGCUGGUGUUGGUGAUCGGCAAGUUCUUGCAGCUCACGAUCGGCACAACCGUCUGCGAGUCCAUGUCAGCAGCUGCCAACAUUUUCCUUGGAAUGACCGAGGCGCCUCUAGUGAUACGGCCUUUCUUGCCGAAGAUGACGGAGUCGGAGAUACACACGAUCAUGACGACCGGCUUCGCCACGAUUGCUGGCAGUGUCAUGGCCGCGUACAUCAGCUUUGGCGUGAGUGCCGGCCAUCUAGUGACAGCCUCCAUAAUGAGUGCACCGGCGGCCCUGGUAUACUCGAAGCUCCUCUACCCAGAGACUGAGGAGAGCCGGACUCAUGUGCGAAAUAUCGUAAUGCCGCAUUGUGAGGAACGGAACGUCCUAGAAGCGGCGUCUAAUGGCGCUACCAUGGGGCUUACGGUAAUCGGCAACUUGAUUGCCAAUUUGGUUGCCUUCCUGGCCUUCAUCGCCUUCCUGAACGGCACACUGCUCUGGUUCAGCUCCAUCGUCGCAAUGGAUUUCCUCACAUUCGAGUGGAUUUUGGCAAAGCUGUUCACCCCUCUGGCAGUGGUUAUGGGCGUUCCAUGGAAGGACAGCGGUACGGUGGGAGAACUGAUUGGUAUUAAGACCUUCGCCAACGAGUUCAUCGCUUACUCCCAGCUCGGCACCAUUAUCGACCAACUUGAUGAGCGCUCUGUGGUGAUCGCUACUUACGCCUUGUGUGGAUUCUCCAACUUUGGCUCCAUCGGCAUCUGCCUCGGCGCAUACGGUGCCAUGGCCCCCGAGAGGAUGAGCUCCUUCGCCUCCGUCGCGCUGCGAGCCAUGGCUGCCGGAUCGGCCGCCUGCUUCCUCACGGCUUGUGUUGCAGGUCUGUUCGUGUACGCGUCCUUAGGUUUGUCCAUCGCUGCUUCUGCGCGGCUGUACUUUGCACCGAAAUCAGCGCAGAUCAUCGCACGUGCCUACGUGUUUCGACUAGCCGAACCAAACUGCGACCAGCAGGUGCUACUGUCGGCUGUUCCGGCGGCACUGCAGCAUCGCGGGAUCGCUGCUUCUGCGCGGCUGUACUUUGCACCGAAAUCAGCUCAGAUCAUCGCACGUGCCUACGUGUUUCGACUAGCCGAACCAAACUGCGACCAGCAGGUGCUACUGUCGGCUGUUCCGGCGGCACUGCAGCAUCACGGGAUAUUGGAGGCAUCCAUAAAAGAGGGCGUCGACUGCUACUUGUUUCACUUGGCAGUAGCGACGAGGACACUUCGAUAUCGCCUAAUCGCUGUUGACCUUUUGCUGCAGAUCGCUGCUUCUGCGCGGCUGUACUUUGCACCGAAAUCAGCGCAGAUCAUGGCACGUGCCUACGUGUUUCGGCUAGCAGAACCAAACUGCGACCAGCAGGUGCUACUGUCGGCUGUUCCGGCGGCACUGCAGCAUCACGGGAUAUUGUAG